AUAAAUAAAUAAAUAGAUAGAUGGAUAAGUCAGGGGGCGGGGUUUGUGAAAGGGGCGUGGUUUACGGGCGCCCUGAGGCCACGCCCAAACACGUCUGUACCGUUGAAUAGCUAGCAAGCUAACAACCAGCAAAAACCAGGGGGCGGAAGUGCACUCACACCGCCACUAACAUGGACGCCACUGAGGAAGCUGCGACUGGAGUGUUUACAUGCAAGCUGUGUGAGUUGUCCUGUGCAUACAGCUUCUACGGCAGGAAACCACCAAAUACCAGAGCCAUCGGGCUUUUGGAAGACUGCUAUGGCAUGCGUGAUCCUUUCACUCCAGACAAAGACAAAUUCCUUAUACUGGGCUCCAAGUGCAGUUUGUGUAACAGGACCGUAUGUGUUGGCACGGACUGCAGCAUCUUCUACACCAAACGCUUCUGCCUUCAGUGUGUGAGGGAAAACUUGGAGCAGUUUCCAGAGCAGAUUCGACUAGAAAUAACGAAGAAACAACCAGCUCAGAAAAGUUAACAUCAAGCAGAGACACUCAAAUAUGUUGUGCACAGAAGACAUUUUGAACAUAAUAUUUUUUUAUUUAUUUAUUUUUUUUGUACAUGAUACAGUGUGAAUUCGGACCUUUUUACUAAACUUGAAUGUUUUUUUUUUUUUUGCAUACGGCCUGAACACUGAUUUAGCCAUUUUCUCUCUCGUAAAAGAGGAAGCUGCUGAAAAGAGAGAAUCCUUUUUAAGAAUUCAGGAUCCCGAUUCGAUUCAGGAAUCCUAACUUCGGAAACUGUAACGGUGAAUUGUCCUGGAUUUCCGUUGAGGAUGCUUCAGGAAAUGACAGUAGGAUUGAAACAACAUCCAGAACACACCUGAAAUUCACUCAGUCCAUUAAAUCAAUCCAUUAUUAAGAGACUGCUAUCAAACAACCUGUAUAUUGUAUAGCAAUAAAACGUGUUGUUAGAAAUGAA